AAAAAGUUCUUUUCACACAUAUAUAAAAGUAGCGUUUUUUCAUCCCUCUUUUGUAUAUUUGUUGGCCAGUAUUUUAGCUUAGGAUCCUUAAAUCAAUUCGGAAAAUAUGCGAACUAACAGUCGACCUCUGACGUUUAAAGCAAAUUUUGCUUUAGCCGUGGCUAUCGUAGACGUCUGUUUAUUUGUCUCUCUGUCUGUGUCACGCCCAACCAAAGAUUAUUGGAUGCCAAAUUACAAAUCUAUUUCCAAAUUGGGAAAAUAUGCAUCUGCAGCUGUGUCCACGGAUUCUGCUCCCUGUGCUGUCAUUGGCAAGAACAUUUUAGCCAAGAACGGAUCUGCCGUAGAUGCUGCCAUUGCCGCUCUUUUAUGCAUGGGCGUUGUGAAUCCCGAAAGUCAGGGUCUAGGAGGUGGUUUCUUAAUGCUUAUUUACAAGAGAUCUGAAAAGAAAGUUUAUUAUCUUGAUGCCCGCGAAGUUGCGCCUGGAAAAGCACAUAAAGAUAUGUACGAAGGCAAUGCGACAUUAUCUAAGUUAGGGGGCCUUGCAAUUGCCGUUCCCGGAGAGAUAGCCGGAUACGCUCUCGCUUAUAACAGGUUCGGUGUCCUUCCAUGGAAAGAACUAUUUCAGCCUACCAUUCGAAUAUGCAAAGAAGGUUUCAAAGUAAACAGUUACCUCGCUAAAGCCCUGAAAGAGAAUGCACAUGACAUUAAAAGAUUCGAGGUCAUUAGAAAUAUCUUUAUAAACAAAAGUACUGGUGAAGUGUUCAAUGAGAAUGACAUAAUUAAAAGACCCGAUUUGGCAAAGACUUUGGAGAUCAUAGCUACAGAAAAACAACGAGCGAUUUAUGGUCCAAGUGAACUCGCCAGCAAAUUUCUUGCCGAUCUGAAAUCAGCAGGGAGCAUCAUUACUGAGGAGGAUAUGCAAAACUAUACGCCAAAAAUGAGAAAUCCAGUGAAAGUCCAUUUGAGGAAUAAUAUGACUUACUACGGUCCUUCUCCACCAGGUAGUGGCGCAUUGUUAGCUUUCAUGCUACAGGUUCUGUCCGGAUACCCGGACAUCAAUGCUGAUGUCACUCGUUCUCGAAAUGCGACUUUGCUCACUCUUCACAGAAUGAUUGAAACUUUCAAGUUUGCGUACGCUCGUCGCAUGGACAUGGAAGAUGAUGAUUCCAAAGAAAUGAAAGAGCUGGUCAAAAAUUUGAUAUCGCCGAGAUAUGCCGAUCAUAUUCGUAGUCUCAUAGAUGAUCACAAAACCUAUUGCAAUGUAAGUCAUUAUGGAGGGAAUAUUACAAUUCAAGAGGAUCAUGGAACAGCCCAUAUGUCGAUUAUAGCACCUAAUGGUGACGCAGUAUCCGUCACCUCCACAAUUAAUCUAUACUUCGGGAGCAUGAUUAUGUCUCCCUCUACAGGGAUUCUCCUCAACAAUCAAAUGGAUGAUUUCUCCUCUCCCAACAUCACCAAUUACUUUGAUGUUCCACCUGGCAAUAAGAAUUUCGUUCGCCCAGGGAAAAGACCCAUGUCUUCGAUGUCUCCCUCGAUCAUUGUCGAUUCCAAUGGAGAUAUCAGGUUGACUCUUGGUGGAAUUGGAGGAACGCAGAUCACGACGAGUGUUGCCCAGACUAUCUUGAGAAAUUUAUGGCUUGGAGAUGACAUUAAAAAAUCUAUAGAUGGCCCAAGACUUCAUCAUCAGCUGUUUCCGAACCACAUCAAAUAUGAAAAACUUUUUCCACAGGAUCUUCUGGAGGAGUUGAGAAAAAAAGGCCACGAAAUCAGAGCCAUGGAUAAAAGUAUGGUUGGAACUGUAAUGGGUAUCGCCAGAGAAGAAGACGGAUAUUUGUACGCGAAUGCAGACUAUAGAAAAGGAGGAGACGUAGAUGGGUUUUAAUUAAUUCUAAUUUUCUGUUGUUGUUUGAAGUCAAUAAUAUAGAUGUUAUUAUUUAAUGUAAAAAAAGAACUUUAAAAUGAAAUGUUGAAAUAAUACUCUAUUCCCUUAACAGUGUACAAAGUGCUUGGAAAAGUUAACCUAAUUAAAAGUACUUAGCAACUUAAUUAAAAGUAACUGGAACCUAACAGCGCCCCACCCAAGUAUUUUAAGUACCGCAGUCAUUAAUUACUUUAAAUUAUUCAUAUUUCAAAAUAUAUUAUCGUAGUGAUUGACAUUAAUCAACAUUAUCACUGACAACUUCAUAAGUUAAAUAUAUAAUUCUUGAAACUAAACAUCAACCUUCUCAAAUCAGUAUUUUAAUUAAUGAAAUCAAAUCAACAAAUAUAUUCAACUAAGAAUGUGUACAUAGCAAUGAUUUGUCAUAACUAAUUAUACAAUCAGUUAACCAAUCAAACUAAAUAAUAAUCUGAUAAAAAUUUGAAAAGAAGGUACAGAAAAAACGGGAAUUCAGAUUAAUCGAAAACUUGUUUGCUUUUAUAUAUUUAUGCAUUUAUUUAUUUAUAUCAUUCAUUAGUGUUUCUUUUAGUAUAGUACGACCAUUGCUACUAGCUUCUAAAUCUUUGUCCAUGAACAUACCAGAAAAACUAUUCCGCUACAUAGUGUCUGUUACGUAAAAAUAUUGUCAUUAUUCUCAUCAAAUGGCAAAAAGUCUUCCUUAUGCGUUUGUUAUUGAAAAAAAAUUCUUUCAGAACUUCUUUCCAAACUGCGUUGUAAAAUAUUAUUUUUUGCUAUCGAAACUUGCAUUUUGUUUAUUCUUACCUUCUUAAUAUUUAAUUGUAAUUUAGAAUGUAGUCAUGAAUAUGCAUUUAUAUAUAUACACUAUUAAUCAGUGCAUUUUUAAAUUUUAUCCCAAGAUAAUUUCGCAAAUUUGGACUUUGUUUUAAUAUGCAAAAUGAGGUAUCACGAUGAUAUGCACGCAUACAGUGAAUUCAGUCCUAAACAGCAAGCCACUUUGGUUUCAGUGGCGACGCUGAUAUUAGAUGAUUAUAAAAGAUUGUACCAGUUUGGCAAAUGAGAGCACUUUGUUAAUAAAUAAGUAAAUGCAUGCAGUACGAAUUGUACUUUUUAUUAUGAAUGUGAGCAUUAUGUGUAUGAUAUAUAUAUUAUACAUGAACCAUUAUGUACUAUUUAUUAUGCAUGUGAGCAUUAUGUACUAUAUGAACUGUACUAUUUAUUAUGCAUGUGAGCAUUAUGUGUAUGAACUUUACUAUUUACUAUGCAUGUGAGCAUUAUGCACUGCUUAUGUGUAAUAAUGAGCUUCUAAAUAAAUGUAUUCUUGUACGUUUGAAUUUUGACAAACGGUAGCAGAACAUAUUGAAGUGCAAUUCUUUAUUUGUAAUUAAUAAUCUCAGAAAAUGAAAUAAAACUAUCCCACAUCCAAACUUAA